AUGGUGAAUCCAGUGAAGAAAAACUUUCAUUCAGAUGGAAUUGUAAAGAAAAUCAAGAGUUAUGCCAAGAGAAAACAAAUUCCAUUGGUGAUAACAGGUGAGAUUCUUGGCAAUGAAGCGGGCUCAAUGAGUUCGACGUAUCAUGGCUAUUUAAAAUUCACUAAUCACACGCAACUUUCAGUUAUUGUGAAAUAUUUAUCAUUUAAAAGUGUUUGGAAUUAUGUUCACAUAGAAGAAUUGAAUAAUCUAAACAAAACGACUUGCUACUCGAGAAUUGAUUCGAAAAAUAAUGAAUAUUUCAUAAAUACUGAGCAAAGACAACGAAUUGUAACUGAAAAUUGGUUUCCUGUCGAAGUUUAUGUUCUCUAUAAAAGUUAUUUUUGUCAGGAAUUGAUGCCAACAUCAAGGAUUGUCUCAUUAAAUCUCUCGUACUUCUCUUUUUAUGAAAGAAUUGAACAAAAUGAAAGUGAACAAACAUUUUUUCUAAUUAUCAAAAAAUUAGACAAUGCAAUUUCGCUCAGAAAGCAUUUGCAGACCAGCUCCAAUCGAUUAACACUUUCGGCUGUUCAAAAUUUGAUCUAUUCGAUAUUAUUUUCCGUUUUACAGUUAAAACAAAUGUCAAUGAUUCAUCUCGAUCUCAACGUGGGGAAUAUUUUCUUGCUAAAUAAUCCAAACGAUCAAUUCGCAGUUCGAUUUAUUGAUUUUUCAAUUAUGAAAUUGAUUCACAAAUCUCAGCAAAUAGAUGAAGAAAUUUUCAUAAACUAUUCCGAAAAUUUGCAUCAAUCACUUCGGAGUAUUUUCCUCAAUUGUCCAUCCUGUUAUACAUAUCCACUUCCGAUCUUUGCUCAGCAAUACCAACCAGAAUUUGGAUCAUAUUUUAUCGAGCAUCUUAUCUAUGAUCCUUUUUUCUAUCUUCAAGAAAACUUGCAUGUCUAA